CAUAAUCCCUAAAAUCCCAUAAACCCUAAAACCAAUCCCGAAACGCAGAAGCUACAGAGACAAGUCAUCGUUUCGAUCAUUGGAAUCAGAUCAUCAACACACUGAAUUUAACAAGAAUCAAAGAAGCGUUCGUGAACACGGCGAUGUCUGGUUACGUUAGACGCGCAUUCUCGUACCGAAACAUGUUGUGGGUCCGAGCCUCCCGUGUUGUUUGUGCUCGUGACGUGUCUAGCAUUCAAAUGUGUGAUAGCAGCAGAGUGUUCACCAUUCCGGCCGAGCCUAAUUUUUUUGCGGAAAGUCGCAGAGCCUACGCCAAAGGGCGAAAGUCAAGGGAUGAAGGGGGUGUUAGUACAAUUGAAGUUCCACCAAACGUUGGUCCUACCAUCAAGGCAAACGCUGUCUCACAGAUGGAGGCUGCAAUGGCUGCAUUAUCAGCAGAACUAAGCAAGCUACGAACAGGAAGGGCAUCCCCAGGAAUGCUUGAUCAUAUUAUUGUUGAAACUAGUGGUUUGAAGAUGCCUUUGAAUCGGCUUGCUGUUGUUUCAGUCCUAGAUCCAAAAACCUUGUCUGUUAAUCCAUAUGAUCCAGAGACACUUAAACAAUUAGAGAAUGCCAUCGUUUCGUCUCCAUUGGGCUUAAAUCCGAAAUCAGAUGGUGAAAGAUUGAUUGCUGUUAUUCCACCAUUGACCAAGGAACAUAUGCAGGCUAUGACUAAGUUGGUUGCUAAAUCAUGUGAAGAUGCUCGUCAAAGUAUUAGAAGAGCUCGACAAAAGGCAAUGGAUGCGAUAAAGAAGUUGUAUUCAAGUCUCCCCAAAGAUGACAUAAAAAGACUGGAGAAAGAAGUUGAUGAUUUGACCAAAAAGUUUAUCAAGACUGCGGAAGAUGUAUGCAAGGCAAAAGAGAAGGAAGUUAGUCAAGGCUGAUUGGUGCCAUUUUUUGGGGGAGAAUUCACUGCUUCACUGCUUCAUUUCUCCUUAUAAUUUGAGAGGGCAUGAAAUUUGUCUGGUCUAUUAGAAUUAAGGACUAUUCUUCUGAUGUUCUGGCAAUUUUUUGAAUACAUAAGAGAUGAGUCCCCCAGUUUCAACCUAUUUGGUAUGGAGUUGCCACCUUGGUGCAGGUCCCUUUGUAUUGUCGUUGAUCAAAAUCUUGUGCUUAUGGUAACUCCCUUCUUAGUCCAAAUUUGUUUAUUUUCUGUUCUAACCAUGGAGGCUGUGUAUAGAUUUAAGUGGGGGGAGGAUAUAAGCUAAUUGAAUCUGACACUCAAUUACGAGUUAAUGAUAGCAUUUGCUGGCAUCAAGUCCAGUGUUUACUUUCA